UGGGAUUUGGCGCCAGGAGGUUGAGGGUAACUGCGCGCGCGGCAGACAGUUGUCCGGACAGAGCGCGGCGGCUGCGUGGUGCAUUGGUGUCAGGAUGGCGCUGCCAAAGCUGAGUGAAGGGGCCAUAGCGGCUAUCUUACAAGGCGAUACCUCAUGCAAGCCUAUUCUGCAGGUCAUUAAUACACGUCCAAUCAACACUGCGAAUGGUCCUCCGCGCUAUCGACUGCUGAUGAGCGAUGGAUUGAACACUCUUUCAUCUUUUAUGUUGGCAACACAGCUGAACAGUCUUGUGGAUGAGAACCGCCUUGCAGCUAACUGCAUCUGUGAGGUCUCGCGGUACAUUGUGAACAACUUGAAAGAUGGAAGGAGAGUGAUUAUUAUAAUGGAAUUGGAUGUGUUGAAGUCAUCGGAUUCUGUCUAUGGAAAGAUUGGAAAUCCUCAACCAUACAAUGAUGGGCAAGGAGCGCCCCAGCCUGCAGCAGUUGCUCCAGCUCCACCACCUCCUAGCAAGCCUGCACAAAACUCUGCUCCACUUUUAUCCAUGAACAAAGCGCUAUCUAAACCAUUUGGAGGAGGGGGUGCGCCAAAUACACCUGGUGGCUCUCAGAGUAAAGUUGUGCCAAUUGCCAGCCUUAACCCUUACCAAUCAAAGUGGACUAUCCGGGCACGAGUGACCAACAAAGGCCAGAUACGUACAUGGAGCAAUUCCCGUGGCGAAGGGAAGUUAUUUUCCAUUGAGAUGGUGGAUGAGAGUGGUGAGAUCCGGGCUACUGCUUUCAAUGAUCAAGCUGACAAGUUUUUCUCUCUUAUUGAAGUCAAUAAGGUGUAUUACUUCUCAAAAGGCACUUUGAAGAUUGCUAACAAGCAGUAUACCGCUGUAAAGAAUGACUACGAAAUGACGUUCAAUAGCGAGACCUCUGUUAUCCCUUGCGAUGACUCUUCAGAUGUCCCUACGGUGCAGUUUGAGUUUGUUCCCGUUUCUGAGCUUGAAAACAGGAAUAAAGACACCCUAUUAGAUAUCAUAGGAGUUUGCAAAAGUUUUGAAGAUGUCACUAAGGUGACAAUAAAAUCAAACAACCGUGAAGUUUCAAAGAGAACGAUCCACUUAAUGGAUACAUCGGGCAAAGUGGUUUCCACAACUCUAUGGGGUGAAGAUGCAGAUAAAUUUGAUGGCUCCAGACAACCUAUUGUGGCAAUCAAAGGAGCGCGGCUUUCAGAUUUUGGGGGGAGAUCCCUGUCCGUUUUAUCAUCCAGCACAGUCAUGAUAAAUCCAGAUAUUCCUGAAGCAUUCAAGCUCAGAGGAUGGUUUGACUCGGAGGGUCAAGUACUUGAAGGAUCCUCUAUUUCGGAGUCUCGCGGAGGUAUGGCAGGAGGAAACACAAACUGGAAGUCUUUGCUGGAAGUUAAGAAUGAUAACCUGGGUCACGGAGAAAAAGCUGAUUAUUUUACCAGUGUGGCAACAAUUGUCUAUCUCCGGAAAGAGAACUGCCUGUAUCAGGCCUGCCCUUCUCCGGAUUGUAAUAAAAAGGUGAUUGAUGAACAUAAUGGACUUUUCCGCUGUGAGAAGUGCAACAAAGAUUUUCCCAACUUUAAAUACCGUCUCAUUCUAUCCGCAAAUAUUGCAGAUUUUGGAGAGAAUCAGUGGAUUACUUGUUUUCAGGAGUCAGCUGAAGCCAUCCUUGGCCAGAAUGCUGCUUAUCUUGGAGAACUCAAAGACAAGAAUGAACAAGCUUUUGAGGAGGUAUUUCAAAAUGCCAACUUCCGAUCUUACACCUUUAGAAUUCGAGUCAAAUUGGAGAUGUACAAUGAUGAAUCCCGCAUUAAAGCAACAGCCAUGGAUGUGAAACCAGUGGAUUACAAAGAAUACUCUAGACGUCUUAUCAUGAAUAUCCGGAAACUGGCCUCUCAAGGAGCCUAAUUUUGUGCAGUGUUUCCAAAAAGACCUAUUCUGCCAGAAAAAUCACAAAUGCAUAUUUUCUGUAGCCACAAUGGUUAGCUCUAUCCCUCUUGUCCUGUGCAUCAGCUCUAGGUGGCACUUGGGUUGCAGAUCACAUGUCUAAGCGCUAUACUACUGCAGAUGCGUUACAGGGGCACUUCCAGUGUGACAUUUGUACAUUAGCCUGCAACUAUUGUAAAUAUGUUUAUCUAAUUAUAACUCUCAUACUUGCCUUCUUGAGUCGUCUCUUAUGCUAAUUUACUAGAAAGCCUAAUUACAUUUUACCAGGACUUAAUUAGCAUCCAUGGAAGUAAUUGGUUGCUGCUGAGCCGUUUCGAUGCCCACCCACAUCCCCAUUUAACACCCUUAAAGGUUCCCUAAUCUCUGUGCUGAUCUGGGGCUCCUAUUCCUCUUGUGAAGACCAGGGGCUUAUUGCCUUCUCAGCGUGCCUCUGCUUGCAGUGGGGAGAUGUGCCAUACAGUUUGCAAAUGCUUGGAAUGACAAUAUGGAGGAAUUAUUAAUCAAAGACCUAUCUUUUCUAUCUGAAGACUUUCCUUCGGGGUUUAAUAGACUGAGUCAGAUGGUCCUGAUAUUAAUCAAAAUUGUCUCUUCUGAGAAGCUCUGAUAAGCAUUGACUCUCUGGCCCCUGGGGAAAUCUGGCCAACUACAAAGCUUUGCUUUAUUUUUCAUUUAAAUUAAUAUUGUGCUUUCUUACUCUUCUCUUUUUUGACAGUGUGUAAUUGCAGAAGUUUGCGGUCUGUACAUUUACAGCAUUUCCCAAUGUUUUGAGCUGCUUUGUGUGUUUUUAUUUGUCUUUCUUUUUUUGUAAUGGAAUUAAUCAGCUCACUAAGGCAGUGGAAAAUAUUCCUUUUUAUUUUGAGAACUGAAUAAAAAGUUUAGUUUUU